AACUCUGUCUCUUCAGUGUGCAAGUCAUGGUGUAGAAUCGAAAGAAACAGCAGGAAGAGGGUUUUCAUCGGAAAUUGCUACGCGAUCAGCCCGGCGAGGCUCAUCUUUAGAUUUCCGGCUCUCAAGUCCCUCACUCUAAAGGGGAAGCCGCAUUUUGCCGACUUCAAUCUGGUGCCUCCUGAUUGGGGAGGCUUCGUCCUCCCAUGGAUCCAAGCCUUGGCCAAUAACAGAAUCGGAUUGGAGGAACUUAGGUUGAAGAGGAUGAUAGUUUCUGAUGAGAGCCUGGAACUGCUUUCGCGGUCCUUCCCCGAUUUUAAGUCUUUAGUUCUUGUCAGCUGUGAAGGGUUCAGUACUGAUGGGAUUGCUGCUAUUGCUGCCAAUUGUAGGUUUCUUAGGGAGCUAGAUUUGCAAGAAAAUGAAGUUGAUGACCAUAGAGGCCAGUGGCUCAGCUGUUUUCCUGAAAGCUGCACGUCUCUUGUCUCUCUGAAUUUUGCUUGCCUCAAAGGAGAAAUAAAUUUAACGGCUUUGGAGAGACUUGUAGCCAGAUCUCCUAACCUCAAGAGUUUGAGGUUGAACCGUGCAGUGCCCCCUGACUCUCUUCAAAAGAUAUUGAUGCGAGCACCUCAAUUGGUAGACUUAGGUACUGGGUCUUAUGUAAGUGAUCCAUCUUCUGAGGCCUAUAAUAAAUUGAAAGCUGCCAUUCAGAAGUGCAAUUCAGUUAGGUGUUUGUCAGGGUUCUUAGAGGUUGCUCCUCAUUGUAUGGCUUCUAUUUAUCCAAUUUGCCCUAAUCUGACCUUCUUGAAUCUAAGCUAUGCUCCAGGCCUUCACUGUAAUGAGCUGAUAAAUCUUAUUCAACACUGCACGAGUCUUCAGCGACUAUGGAUAUUGGAUUGCAUUGGAGACAAAGGACUAAGUAUUGUAGCUUCAACUUGUAAAGAAUUGCAUGAAUUGAGAGUUUUUCCAUCUGAUCCCUUUGGGCCUGAAAACGCUGCUGUAACAGAGGAAGGCUUGGUUGCUGUAUCUGCUGGUUGCCCUAAGCUCAAUUCAUUGUUGUACUUCUGUGAGCAGAUGACAAAUGCUGCCCUGAUUACUGUUGCAAAGAACUGUCCAAAUUUCAUCCGCUUCAGACUCUGCAUUCUUGAUCCUAGGAAACCUGACCCUGUGACCAUGCAGCCAUUGGAUGAAGGUUUUGGGGCAAUUGUUCAGUCCUGCAAGGGUCUUAAGCGGUUAUCAGUCUCAGGCCUUCUGACUAAUCAGGUUUUCCUUUACAUAGGAAUGUAUGCUGAACAGCUUGAAAUGCUUUCUGUUGCUUUUGCUGGGGACAGUGACGAGGGAAUGCGUUAUGUGUUGAAUGGGUGCAAGAAUCUUCGUAAGCUAGAGAUCAGAGACAGCCCCUUUGGUAAUGAAGCACUUCUGGAGGACGUGGGAAAGUAUGAAACAAUGCGAUCCCUUUGGAUGUCCUCCUGUGAAGUGACCCUCGGUGGCUGCAAAACUCUUGCACAAAAGAUGCCAAGGCUCAAUGUAGAGAUCAUAAGUGAGUAUGAUCAGCUGGAGUUCAACUCUGACGAUGAGCAAAAAGUAGAGAAGAUGUAUCUGUAUCGGACAUUGGUUGGACAUAGGGAAGAUGCACCAGACUCUGUGUGGAUUUUAUAGGCACACUAUUUUAGUUCUAUAAGUAUUUUUCCUCUUUCUUUGAGUAGUUGUACUUUGUGCAGGUGACUGACUUUUAUUGAACUUUUCCCUGCUUGGUGAUCUUUGUAUGCUACUCCUUUUUAAUUUAGGAUGAUUUGCCAUCUGUAAUCAUAAAUAGCAUCUAUUCUAGUAUUGGGAAAUCAAUGAUGAUUGAUGAU